AUGCCCGAGGAGACCCAAGAAGGAGUGACUUGUUUGCUCAAAUCAGUCCCUGUCCCUAUAGACACUGUGUUGCCCACGCAGAACCAGAGGGGCAGGGGAGCACUGGCUCCUAACCACGUGGAGGAGGUGCGUCUGCACCGCGUGGAGUCCAUCAGUGAUCUACACAGUGGAGGUUCACUACAGCCCUGUCUGGCUGAAGAGGCACAGACAUGGGAAGAGCUUCUGAGUGUCUUGCCGCCAUCACUGUGCACCCAAGCUGGUUGCAGCCCCAUAUGUGGCCGUGGGGGGUUCCUACUGCUAUUGGCACUGCUGGUAUUCACCUGCCUGGCAUUAGCCAUCCUGGCGGUCUACAUAAGUGUGCUGCAGAGCGAAUCCCUGAGGGUCUUGGCACACACACUGCAAACGCAAGAGGAGACUCUGCUCAAAUUGCGCCUGGCUAGCCUCAGCCAGCUAAGGAGACUCAACUCCAGCGAAGCUCGGGCACCCAGCGCACCCAGCUGACAUGCCGUUUGCAGUGAAACAUGUGAGGGGGAUAAAGGGACCUUUGGCAGGUCUCCUUUCUCCCACUGAAGGCUACACCUACACUACUUCCUCGGUGACAUUUUUGUACAAGAGCCUGAUGUGACUCACAGCUGCCUGUCUCUCUUGACCUCUUCAGACUAGGCCUGACCAAGCCUUCUGCUGCCAAGGCCCUGCUUUGGAUAGCCAAAGGUCAGAGGAUGGGGCACCAGCCUCCUCCUGGCUCCUCCUAUGGCCUGUCAGCACCCCCUGGCCACCCCUGAUAGGAGAUUUCAGAAGGCUAGAAAUAGCUGUCCCUGCUCAGCCACCCACCACUCUGCCAGGCCUCCCAGUGGGGGGUCCAGUCUCAGCUCUCAGACAAGCUAGGCUGAGUUGGGGGGAGGGUGGGGAACCACAUAGCAG